AUGCUGUGUGCUCCACCUGCUUCUCUACUGCUCCUCUGCUGUGUUCUCCACCUGCUUCUCUACUGCUCCUCUGCUGUGUGCUCCACCUGCUUCUCUACUGCUCCUCUGCUGUGUGCUCCACCUGCUUCUCUACUGCUCCACUGCUGUGUGCUCCACCUGCUUCUCUACUGCUCCACUGCUGUGUUCUCCACCUGCUUCUCUACUGCUCCUCUGCUGUGUGCUCCACCGCUGUGUGCUCCACCUGCUUCUCUACUGCUCCUCUGCUGUGUUCUCCACCUGCUUCUCUACUGCUCCUCUGCUGUGUUCUCCACCUGCUUCUCUACUGCUCCUCUGCUGUGUGCUCCACCUGCUUCUCUACUGCUCCUCUGCUGUGUGCUCCACCUGCUUCUCUACUGCUCCACUGCUGUGUGCUCCACCUGCUUCUCUACUGCUCCACUGCUGUGUUCUCCACCUGCUUCUCUACUGCUCCUCUGCUGUGUUCUCCACCUGCUUCUCUACUGCUCCUCUGCUGUGUGCUCCACCGCUGUGUGCUCCACCUGCUUCUCUACUGCUCCUCUGCUGUGUUCUCCACCUGCUUCUCUACUGCUCCUCUGCUGUGUUCUCCACCUGCUUCUCUACUGCUCCUCUGCUGUGUGCUCCACCUGCUUCUCUACUGCUCCUCUGCUGUGUGCUCCACCUGCUUCUCUACUGCUCCACUGCUGUGUGCUCCACCUGCUUCUCUACUGCUCCACUGCUGUGUUCUCCACCUGCUUCUCUACUGCUCCACUGCUGUGUUCUCCACCUGCUUCUCUACUGCUCCUCUGCUGUGUUCUCCACCUGCUUCUCUACUGCUCCUCUGCUGUGUUCUCCACCUGCUUCUCUACUGCUCCACUGCUGUGUUCUCCACCUGCUUCUCUACUGCUCCACUGCUGUGUGCUCCACCUGCUUCUCUACUGCUCCUCUGCUGUGUGCUCCACCUGCUUCUCUACUGCUCCACUGCUGUGUUCUCCACCUGCUUCUCUACUGCUCCACUGCUGUGUGCUCCUCCUUCUUCUCUUUUGCUCCUCUGCUUUGUACCCCUCCCACUUCUCUACUGCUCCACUGCUGUGUGCUCCACCUGCUUCUCUACUGCUCCUCUGCUGUGUGCUCCUCCUUCUUCUCUUUUGCUCAUCUGCUUUGUAUGCCUCAUGCUUCUCUAAUGCUCCUCUGUGUGCUCCUCCUGCUUCUCUAUAA